AUGGGAAAUAAUAUUGGAAGACUGUUGCCAUCGUCAAAGCCAAAACAUUUAAUUCAAUUAUGUCAGCAGAAAAACUUUCCUUCCAUAGGACUUACAGCAGAAUCACAUGAUUAUAAAGACAAAGCUACCAUCCCUCUUAUUUGGCUUGAUAAAAAUCUUGAUGUGGCAACGAAAGAUAAGCUGCAGGAAUUAAGCAAUGAUGUUCUGUAUUAUACUAGACCAGAACCCUGUAUUCAACACAUUCUGUCGACCGAACGCGCAUCACGAAUAUUUUUAGUUAUAUCUGGUAGUUAUGCAAAUGAAAUGCUGUCACAAAUAUCUCGAAAUGUCAAUGCAAUAUUUAUUUAUUGUUUUAAUCCAUCAAAAUACGAACCAUUAUUAGAAAAAUAUCCUCGAUUAGUCGGUAUUUAUACGCACUUGAAAGAACUCGUGAAAAGUAUUCGAGAAAAGAUGCACACAGUCAUAGAGCGAUCAUCACAAGUAUUCAGUUGUUAUGAAUUGAAGCAAAAAUCAAUACGAGAUUUAUCAAAAGAAUCAUUAUCAUUUUUAUUUUUUCAAUUAGCAAAAGGAAUUCUAUUAAAACUGCCUCGAACAGAUGAUUCAAAACAAAAAAUGUUAAAUGAGUGUCGGUUCCAUUAUCAAGAUAAUGAAGAAGAAUUGGCUCUUAUAAAUGAAUUCGAGAAGAAUUACACAGCUGCAGAUGCUAUUCAUUGGUAUACAAAACAGUGUUUCAUAUAUAAAUUAGUUAAUAAAGCUCUUCGUACUGAGGACAUUGAGCAAUUGUAUACAUAUCGAUUUUAUAUCACUGAUCUGUCUACUGCUCUUACUCGGGAAUAUGAAGAAUUUAAACGACAGAAUCAUAUUGAUUCAAUAAAAGUCUAUCGUGGAGUGAUAUUCUGCUCUGGUGAACUUGAAAAUUUACAAGAAAAUGUUGGAAAUUUAAUUUCGAUGAACGGAUUUCUAUCAACUAGUCUAUCACGUGAUAUUGCACUCAGUUUUAUUCUCGAUACAUCGUCGAAGAGCAAAGAUUCUGUAAGUGUUCUGUUGGAAAUUGCUAUUGAUUUUCGCUUAGAAACGGUCAUAUUUGCUGAUGUAUCCAAGUAUAGUUUAUUUCCAGAAGAGGAAGAAAUUCUUUUUGACCUUGAUGCAUCAUUUGAAAUUUCAACUGUGAAACAAGAAAAAGAUAUUUGGACUGUCUACCUAAAAGCGACAGAUAGAGGAGGCGACGUAGCUUUUAAAUAUAUAAUAGGGAACGAUAUAACAGAAACAUUUUUAUUACUUGGAAAAUUGGUAGGUGGAAUGGGUAAAUAUACUGCACAGUCAAAUGAAGUUCCAUUUAUGAUACUCGAUGGUAUUAGACAUUUACAUGGAAUAGCUUCUGUUUUCUUUGAGGAGAAAGGAGAUUAUGACAAAGCAUUGGAAUUUUAUAUGGAAGCAUUAAAAAUGGAAGAGAAAUCGUUGCCUCCCUCUCAUCCCGAAAUAGGUCAUAGUCUUCACAAUAUUGGAUUGUGUUAUUACAAAAAAUAUUAUUAUACACAAGCACUUGAAUAUCAAAUGAGAGCACUUCAUAUACGUGGAGAGAAUUUUGAUAAUCUUCAAAUGAUUGGUCUCAUUUAUUAUAAACAGGGCAACUGGGAGAAAGCAUUAGAAUUCAUGAAUGAGGCAUUAAAGUUUCCUAACAGAAAUAUGAGUAGUGUUCUGAACACAAUGGGUGUUAUUUAUCAUAAAAAGGGAGAUUUAAUUUCUGCAAUGAAAUAUUAUCAGCAUGCUGAUGCUCGAAAAAAUAUGGCUGGUAUUUACUUUUCUCAAGGAGAUUAUGAUAAAGCAAUAGAAAUUUUUAAAGAUUCAGACCAUCCAAAUGAUAUUCAUAAUCGAGGUCUCAUUUAUUAUCGUUUAGGAGAGUUAGAGAAAGCUCUCUCAUGUUUCAUCAAGGCACUGGAUCUAAUGCCAAAUGAAGCGACUAUUCUUGUUAGUAUUGGAAAUGUUUAUAAAGAAAAGGGCAAGAAUAAGAAUGCAUUAGAUUAUUAUCAACGAGCCAUCGAAAUACAAGAGAAUAGUAAAUCAUGGGAAAUCGUUCAGACAUUUAAUAAUAUUGGGCUCAUUUAUUACACACAAAAGGAGUAUAAUUUUGCAAUGAAUUAUUUUAUGAAAGCUUUGGAUUUAGUUGAUUUGACUGAAAUAAUUGAUAAAGCACAUAUUCUGAAUAAUAUGGCAAUGAUUCAUUACCAACAAUAUGAGUUAGAAACCUCUAUCAGCUAUCUCAAGAGAGCAUUGAUUAUAUAUAAGAAAAUAUUACCUUUAAAUCAUUCAUUCAUUAAAAGAACAUUGUAUAACAUCGAGAUUGCAUGUGAGAAGCAGACUCUAAUGGGCUAUACAGUUUUAUAA